UCAUUCUUUUUAUUCUCAUUCAUAUAUAUAUAUAUAAAUUUCAAAAACAAAUAAAAAAAUAUUCAGCUAGCUGAUGACAACUUGGCUCGGUCGUUUGUUUUCUUCAUAGAUUCCGGAGUGUGUCUGUGUUGUUGUUGGACACAGAGAAAUAGACAGAGACAGAGAGAGAGAGACAGAAAAAAAAAUCGUUUGUUCAUUUUCUUUUGUUUGAGAUCUGAAAGAAUCCCAAAAAACAUAACAAAAAGAAGAAAACAAAAUCAGGUGAGUGAAAGUGUUUGAUUGAUGGAACUUGUUUACCAAACAGUGAUGAUUCCAAUUUGAUACUCUCUUCACCCAUCUAAGCCAUCUUUCAUUUCAGAUUCUUUCAAAGAAAAAAAAAAAAAAACCUUUUCUUUUCUAUUGAGUAAACCACAAGAAAACCAACACAAAUUUCUUUUACUACUACUAAUACCCUUUACUCUUCACUUCACUAUCUUUUACUUAAGUUUCUAAUUCUAGAAGAAAUUUUAUUAAAGUUAGUAACUUUCUUUGUUGGGGUUGAAGAUUCAAUUUGUUGAAACAAGAGAAAAGCAAAAAACACAUUUGGGUUGUUUUAGAAUUGAACAAGGUGUUUCAAUGAAGGAAAGUGAGAAAGGGUAUUUGGAUCCACAACUAUGGCAUGCUUGUGCAGGUGGAAUGGUUCAGAUACCUCAAGUGAACUCCAAAGUUUUCUACUUUCCACAAGGUCAUGCUGAACAUGCCAACACAAACAUUGAUCUGAGGGUUUCAAUUUCAUCACUCAUACUUUGCAAAGUUGUUGCUGUUAAAUUCAUGGCUGACCCAGAAACAGAUGAAGUAUUUGCUAUCAUAAAGCUUCUUCCUUUAAGAAAUUCAGAGCUUGUUUAUGAUGAAGAAAGUGGUGUUGGUGGUUUGGAAAAUUCUGAAAAGCCUGCAUCUUUUGCAAAGACUUUGACUCAAUCUGAUGCAAACAAUGGUGGAGGUUUUUCUGUUCCAAGAUACUGUGCUGAAACAAUCUUUCCAAGGUUGGAUUACUCGGCUGAACCACCUGUUCAGACAGUCGUGGCGAAGGAUGUUCAUGGCGAGUUUUGGAAGUUUAGGCAUAUAUAUAGAGGUACACCACGUAGGCACUUGCUUACAACUGGGUGGAGUAGUUUUGUGAACCAGAAGAAGCUUGUUGCUGGUGAUUCUGUUGUGUUUCUGAGGGCUGAGAAUGGCGAAUUGUGUGUCGGAAUUCGAAGGGCGAAAAAGGGAAUUGGUUCUGGUUUUGAAGGUUCAUCUUGUGGUGGUUGGACUUCAGGUUGUUCUAACAACGGAAACUGUGGAAUUGGACCUUUUGGGGCAUUUUCUUUUUUCUUGAGAGAGGAGAAUAAGACAUUGAGAAAUGGUUUUGUUGGUGUUGAUAAUGAUUUGAGUGGAAGAGUUAGAGUGAGGCCUGAAGAUGUUAUGGAAGCUAUGAAAUUGGCUUCUAAUAACCAACCAUUUGAAGUUGUUUACUAUCCAAGAGCAAGCACUCCUGAGUUUUGUGUUAAGGCUUCAGCUGUUAGAGCUGCUAUGAGGAUUCAAUGGUGUUCUGGGAUGAGGUUCAAGAUGCCCUUUGAAACUGAGGACUCUUCUAGGAUUAGUUGGUUCAUGGGAACUAUUGCUUCUGUUCAAGUUGUUGAUCCUAUUCGCUGGCCUAAUUCGCCCUGGCGCCUUCUUCAGGUAACAUGGGACGAGCCAGAUUUACUACAAAAUGUGAAGCGUGUUAGCCCGUGGUUGGUUGAAUUGGUAUCAAACAUACCAGUCAUUCAUUUCACACCUUUCACUCCACCGAGGAAGAAGCUUCGGAUUCCGCAACAUCCGGACUUCCCCCUCGACGUUCAAUUUCCAUCACCGACGUUUUCAGGCAACCAGCUCGGGCUAAACAUCCCCUUGAGUGGUUUAUCUGAUAAUGCUCCUGCAAGUAUACAGGGAGCCAGGCAUGCUCAAUUUGGAGGAGGAAUAUCUCUUUCGGAUUUCAACCUUAACAAUAAACUACAAUUAGGGUCGUUCCAUACUAAUAUGCACCAUCUUGAUAUGCAUAAUAGGAUUUCAAAUGACAACAAUAUGAUCAACAAUGAUAACAACAAAGAAAGCUUAUCAUGCUUGUUGACCAUAGGGAAAAAACCUGAUAAGAGUUUGGAGAAAUCUCAAUCUGAUGAUGUUGUCGUUGUUAAGAAACAUCAGUUUUGUCUUUUUGGUCAACCGAUACUCACCGAGCAACAAAUUUCUAGAAACUGUUCUAAAGAUUUAUUGUCUCAUAAUGAAAAAAAUUCAGUAGAUGAGAAUAAGCACAAAGAGAAGUGCUUUUUUGAUGUAUUUUCCCCAGGUAAAACUUCUGCUGCUGCUGAGUUUAGUUGGCAACUUGGCUUGGAUAUUGGUCAUUGCAAGGUUUUCUUGGAGUCAGAAGAUGUUGGAAGGACCCUUGAUUUAUCACUUCUUGGUUCUUAUGAAGAGCUCUAUAAGAAACUUGCCAACAUGUUUGAUUUAGAAAAAUCUGAGAUGUUGAAUCAUGUGUUCUACCGUGAUGCAACAGGUGCUGUUAAACAAACCGGAGAAGAACCCUUCAGUGACUUUAUGAAGACAGCAAAAAGGUUGACUAUUCUGACAGAUUCUGGGAGCAAAAAUGUUAGAGGGGCAUGGAUUACAGGAACUCUCAAAAGUGAACAUGGAUUGGAUGCAUCAAACAAAACAGGUCCUCUAAGCAUAUUUGCUUAAUAUGGUGUAACAUUUGAGAUAUUGUUAUUAUAAUCUAUAAAACUAAAGGACACUUUUAAAUAUUAAUUACCUCUGAAAAAUCUGAAUGUGAACAGAAUUCUUUAGAGGUUAAUGUUUGUACCAAAAAAAGGAAGAUUCUCUUAUCAACAAGGAUGGUAUUGUUAUGUUUUUUUAAGUGUAGAAAUAAUGAUAUGCAUAUAUCAUGGUCAACUAUUAUUGUAAUAUGUUAACGAAGGUUUGGACCCCACAUUUGGUGAUUUAUUCUUUUUUUCCUUAGUGCACUUACAUGCUGUCUGCGUGUUUCCACGUCA